CUCCGCACUGGCGAUCAUAUAAGCAGCAAAAGCUUAAGGAGGGGAGAUAAGUGUCCCUUUUGUGAUCUAAGGGAGACCCAAAUUCAUCUGUUUGGAGAGUGCUCAUGGAUGAGUCGCAUCUGGCGGACUUCGGAGGUAGCUGAUUGCUUCGCGGUCCAACCGGCAACAAACAGCUUGCAAUGGGUAAAGCGGGUAAUGGAUCUUGGGGACGAGGAUAAGCUGGAAAAGUGGAGCGUACUCAUGUGGUUCCUGUGGAAAGAACGAAACGCACAAAUGUUUAAUGGAAAUAAUUUGCCCGAGGAUGAGAUUGUUAUGCGAGCCAAAUACUACCUGGAUGAUUACAGGACACACCAGCAGCGUGAGCAUACAACACCUCUAAACCAGGAGCCCGAGGUUUGGGAACAGUCAGGACCGGGGCAGUUCAAGAUUAAUAAGGAUGCAAGUUUUGCUGAGCCGGAGGGGAUGGUUCUGGGCGCUGUCAUACGAGGUCAGGGAGGAGAUUUUUUACUGGCAGCUGCGAAGAAGGUGGUCGGUGGACAGAGUGUUGAAAUGGGAGAGUCGUUGGCGGCGGAGUUCGACAUGCAGCUGGCAAAGCAUUUUAAUGUUCAGAACCCGUGCCUUGAAUCCGACUGUCUUUCCUUUAUUCAAAAGCUUUCGAGGUCCGAUGAGAUACAGAAGGAGAUGGGAAUUAUUUGCCGAAGUGUUCAUCGAAUGCUGAAGGAACUUGGAAAUGGGUCCUCGAGACACGUCCGCAGGACAGCAAAUGAAGCUGCUCACUUGACAGCCCAGGCAAAGCCGAAGAUGAAUGAAACUGUUGUUUGGCUGGACAGCCCUCCCGCCUUUUUGCUUAAUGAGUUACAACUUGAUUGUAUAAUGGCCAACGCUGAUUAAUAGGAAUUACAGGUUUUCCUGUUAAAAAAAAUAUAUAGCGAAAGACCACAAAUAAAAUAAAUUACAGUGUAUCUGCUUCAAUACUCGAAACUAGUGUACAAGCCUAGUUGUUGCAAUUUGGUACAUGUCGACAUGAUAUCAUAACCUAUUCACAUUUAACUUGGAAACCGUUAGGGUAGUUUGGUUUUGGUGAUAGUUAAAUAAAUGCAUAUAAGAAAAUUGAUGUAUUGUAGUUUACAUCUUUUUGUUUCUGUGAUAGUUAUUCCAAUAUUUAAACAAGAUAUAUUGCUUUCUUGGUGAAAUGUCAGUUUUACCCUUUGUUUUUAAAAUAAAAAAGCAAAACACAUCAAAAGGUAGGGACAUAUAUAUGUCAAUUUUUUUGCUCAAUACAUGUAAUGAUAAGAUUAAGUCGUUUUUUUGGUUCAAUUUGAGUUAGAAUGCAUGUAUUACCUUUUUCCUGGCCCACCCACAAUCACUCAAAAUGAAUGAUUGUCAAUCUCUACAAAAAGUAGAGAUUGUUAACAAGGGAUUGUCUACCCUACUUUUUGCUCAAUCAUUAUCUUUCCAAACAAGGUGUUUUCAUAAUACAUGCAUUGAAUCAAUACAUCAAAUAACAAUACAUGAAUUGAUUAAAUGCAUCUAUUUGGAGAAUCUCAACUUCCAAACAUGCAAACACUCCAACAAUCUCAAACAAACAAUCUCAACAAUCACACAAAAAAAGUUGAGAUAUUAGGGGUUGUUUGGAGGUAGAGAUUCUCCAAAUUGAAGUAUUUAAUCAAUUUGUUUAUUGUAAUUUGAUGUAUUGAUAAAAUGUAUGAAUUUGAAAAAUACCUUGUUUGGAAGUUUACAUUGUGCUUUGUUAUAAAUAAAUAAAAAAUAGAGGGAAGACAAUCCCUUGAUCACAAUCUCACCUUUUGGUAGAGAUUGAUAAUCACUCAUUUUGAGUGAUUGUUGGUGGGCCCAGAAAAAAGUAAUACAUGUAUUCUGUCACAAAUUUAAGCAAAAAAACGACUUAUUAAUCUUGACAUUACAUGCAUUGUUUAAAUACAUUGCUUGAAAUCCCAACCUCCAAACGACCCCAAAUGAGUGAUAGUUUUUAUCACAUCAAACAAACAAUGCAUGUAUAGUUUGUGCAGAAAAUAAAAGAAAAACAAUGCAUUGUGGACAAUGCAUGCAUAGUAACUAUCUCAACCAUGGUUGUCAAACCGGUGGUAUGUCGGCCGGUUGAACCUGGUGCCGAUCAUAAAACCGACUGGAAUACCCCCAGUAUGAUGUUGUGGUCAACACCGGUCAAUGCCGGUCAAAUCCGAUCAGACCCGAGAAUUCCGAUGGUUCAACCGGAAUGUUAAAGUGUCGGUAUCUGAAGUCUGAACACAUAUAUAUUCAUCACUGUCGGAGAAUGGGUGGCCAGAGCUUGGUAGUUUAUCUUCUAGUGCGUUUCAUCUCAUUCCCCUGCAUUGCGGAGUUAUCAUAAAUCGCCUUGCUGCUAGGAGACGAGAAGUGAAGAUGAGGGCCAAAUGGAGGGUCAUAAGAAAGAGAUUGACCUCCCAUUGCAGUGUUUAUUUCAUCGGAGAGAAGAGGGCAAAUCAAUUGAGAGUAGGAAAGAGAGAUAUUUCCCCUUUCGAGCGGAUGUGGAACAGAAAUAAGGAGAGCGAGGGAGAGGGAUAUAGGCGGCUAGGGUUGGGGAAAGGUGCACUGGGGGAUUUUGGGAGGAAGGGUAUUACGUAGCUCUCUCCCUCUUUUCCCUUCUUUAUCUUUUUUUUGUUUGUAUAUUUUAUUUACUUUUUAUAAUUUUAUUUUUCUUACAAAUUACUGCAACCGGUAUAAACUGGCAUACUUAUC